UCUGCUCACCUCAGCUUUGUUUACCUUCGUCUUGUCAAGGAGGAAGGAGGCCGCGACGCUGACUGAGUCAGGGUGAAUGACAUACAUUUCGUCAGGCUAUGAAAGAUUCAUGCAGAUGAGAUAGCAAGAAACAUGGCCAUGGAUAUGGAUGCCAUUUUUAAAGUGAUAGGGGAAUUCGGCCCCUAUCAGCGACGUGUGUACUUCCUACUGUGUCUUCCAUUCAUUUUUGUUGCUACAUCAAACCUGGCAUAUGUGUUUAUUGGAGCCACUCCAGAACAUUAUAGAUGCAUUGUGCCAGCAUGUGAUACAAAUCUUACAGAUCUCCACUAUAAUACCUCAUUCUUAGAAUUCACCAUUCCCCCCGACAAAACAUCAGGCUACUCCAAGUGUCAACGUUACAAACACAUUGAUGAAGUAGAAGGAUGCAUUCCUUCAGCCUUCAUGGAGAACACAACAGAGGACUGCCCAGAAGGGAAAGUGUUUGAGACUACUGUAUAUACUACAACAAUUGUAACAGAAUUUAACCUUACCUGUCAUGAUGCUUGGGAAGCAAAUAUGGCACAGACAAUAUACUUCAGUGGAGUUCUGGCUGGGGCAUUCAUCUUUGGUUUCAUUGCUGAUAGAAUCGGACGCAUGCUGACAAUCUUAAUUGGGCUCGUUUGCAUGGUGGUCUCCGGUGUAAUCACAGCCUUGGUCACCAGCUUAAGGGUGUUUAAUGUUAUGCGAUUCGUAAAUGCAAUGAUGGCAACUGCAGUCUUUCAGACGUCAUUUGUGCUAGGAAUGGAGUGCGUAGGAGCAAAUUAUCGCGUAAUGUGUGGUAUCAUUGGGGAGUACUUCUUUGCCCUGGGAGAGGUGCUCCUGGGGCUGGUGGCUCUCUGGAUUCGAGAUUGGAGAAUGAUCCAGCUUGUGAUAUCUGCCCCAGCCGCCUGUUUUAUAUUUUAUAAAUGGUUUAUUCCAGAAUCUCCCCGAUGGCUAUUAGUUCGAGGAAAAACAGAAAAGGCUUACUCUGUUUUGCAGAAAAUAGCAAAGGGGAAUGGCAAGGAUUUGCCACUUCAUUUAAUGCGGGAAAGCGAAGAAGAAAAUUCAGGAGAAGAAGAUGGGACUGCUAUUGAGAAGAUGAGAAAUAAGCCCACGCUGCUAGAUUUGUUUAAAACACCUCUUCUUUGUGUAAGAAUGUUCUCAAUGUUUUUCAUAUGGGUUGUGACUACUCUGGUUUAUUAUGGCAUCAGUUUGAAUGCUUCCAGUCUAAGCAGCAGUGACACCAGCUAUGGACCAUAUUUAAACUUCAUUUUAGUUGCCCUUGUGGAAGUUCCAGGUUACUCACUAGCAUGGCUAGGUAUGUGUAAAUGGGGAAGGCGAGGCUCCCUGGCAAGCUCCCUGAUUCUGGCUGGAAUUUUCUGUGCUGGCAGUGGCUUUGCUGAAGAGACAGGGAAAGUAAAUGUACUAAUUCCUGCCCUGCUUGGGAAGUGCUGCAUUACCUGUUCCUUUGGCAUUAUUUAUGUCUUUACCUCAGAAAUUUUCCCAACAAAUGUUCGCAGCACAGUUGUGGGCUUAUCUUCAACAGCUGCCCGUUUUGGGGCAAUGUUAGCUCCCUUCUCGUCAGAUUUAGCUGAGAUUUACAUUCCUUUACCAAUGAUAGUCUUUGGUGGCUUGUCCUUUAUCGCUGGCCUUCUGAACGUCGUAAUGCCAGAAACACUGAACACGGAUUUACCAGAUACUGUUCUUGAUGCUCUCAACCUAGGAAAAGUUGUACCCUUGCCUUUGGAGAUGUCUGAAAAGGUACCAAAUGUUCUCAAAAGUACUGUGGCCGUAUUUUUAGAGAUAUGGACAUUCUUGGGAGGGUGGCAGAUUGUGCUUCAGUGGAUGCUUGCAGUUUCUCACAGCUACCCUCAAACAUUACUCACUUUCACCUGGCUGACCUACAGUAGAACAGUGCUUGAGAAUCCACUGUUUGUGCUGUGUGGUGCAGUGAGCAUAUCCUCUCUCUCCACCCUCAAAUUAUCAAAAAUUUUGAGGCUAGAAUGUAAAGGAAGUACAAUACUGUUGCAUCCACUAGCACAUUCCAAAAUCUUUGGCCUCCUUUUUACCUCCUACUUUCCACUACAUACUCCGAUGGCUGAUGGAAGUAAUUACAUUUGUGAAGACAAUGUAGAUUGUAUUAAGAAUAAGUAUGAGGGGUACAAGGACCCUAAGUUGGACAUAUAG